ACCUACACAAGAAGGUCUCCUGGGAGGAUAUGACAAAGGAAUGGAAGAAGCGGUUCAUAGUGGAUGACGCGCCUGCGCUCGCCAUCAACCGCAUCUUCGCGAUGGCUCAAGGGAGCACACCGACACGUGACUGGCUCACGGAUUGGCAGAAGAUCGUCACCACGCCCGAUCUGGACCUGCCAUUUCCGCAUCUGCGCCGUAAGUUCUACAACAGGUCAUGCGCUGCUCUGAGCCUCGCACUUGGUGAUCGCGAGCAGUACCACACUUUCGCAGAGAUCAUCAACAAGGCGAGAGAGAUCAUCAAGACCAACAGGUCAGCUGCACACGAGAAAUCAACAUGGCAGCCGRCCUAUGUGGAGAAGGCACGAACUGGUCCGCGACAGCARCACUUCGCUSCAGUCCAGCARGACAGUGGAGAUAACCCAGCAGCCACUCCAGCAUCAAGUGACGGAGAUCAGGUGGYUGYUGUCCAGCCGYGAAGCAACAACAAKUCCCGCAACAAUGGGAAGGCGAAAUCCGCAUCGCAGGCCGGAAAUGGACAGCCAGUACAAGUUCCAUGGGUCAAGUUCGGCUUGACCGAGGCGGAGUACAAACUYGGGAAACUGAGCUYYGCGGAAGGUGAGGCGAYUCCACCUUCCACUCCACCAGAUUCGGCCGCCUUGCUAGCAGCCUCCUGCACAUCUGGGGAGGACGCGAAUGUCGCAAGUUCUCGUUACUCUUACGAGGACUAUGCUGUCUACUUGGUUCCACCGCUGGACCAGCCGGUCCACGUGCAACAGUCCACCGCAUGCACGGUUUCAUCACCAUCGGCAACCGAUUCGGCACCUUCGCCGCAAUCUAUCGCGGGGGAUUCGACGUCAUGGUCAAGACUUGAUGAGCUCGACCCGUUGACGUUCACGGACUUCCAGUGGAUGCCUGUUCCCUCGACCGGACAAUUGCCGAAACCGCAUUGCAAUGUGCUCAUGGCACAACUGCGGGACUACUUGCACACUGCAGUACCAGCUCCGUUGAUGGACGGCGGAGUAGAGGUUGUCAACCUUCACGAGUACAUCGCGAAGAUUGACCGCGAGUUCAAGACGCAACGGUACGACGACAUCGACGGACCAUUGCUAUACAUACGCAUUCAGAUCGGUGAGGUGACUUGCAGUGCCUUGAUCGAUUGUGGAGCAUCUCGCAACUACAUCAGCCAGGACUUCAUGGUGCGCGCCGGCCUUGGCCCACGCGUCCGGAGGAAGUCCCAGCCUACGCAAGUUACGUUGGCAGACGGUCAUACGCACAAGUCAAUCGACCGGUGCAUUGACGCCGUCCCCGUGUACUUUGCCCCUCACGCAAGUGAGGCGGUGUCCUUUGACAUUCUAAACACCAAAUUUGACAUGAUCUUGGGCAUGUCAUGGCUGCGAAGCGAGGAUCACCCGGUGAACUUCUUCAACCGCAUUGUUCACAUUCGUGAUCGGAACGGAGUACUAGUUCCAUGCACGGUGCCUCUUCCUCAUCCUUCUAUCAGCUGCCACGUGGUAUCCGCUGCAAGCAUGCGAGCAUCCAUCAUCAGAGACGACAUCGAGGAGAUGGGGAUUCGCAAGGAGGAUCGCUACAAGACCGCGUUUAAGACACGGUAUGGGCAUUUCGAAUGGCUGGUCAUGCCGUUUGGCCUUACGAAUGCCCCAGCCACUUUCCAAGCGGCUAUGACAACGGAGUUCCGACACAUGCUGGAUCGGUUUGUACUCAUCUACCUMGACGACAUCUUGGUGUAUAGUCGGAGUUUGGACGAGCAUGUGGAACACCUGCGCACCGUUUUGGAGCGGCUACGUCAAGCCMAGUACAAAGCAAACCGCGACAAGUGCGAGUUCGCACAGCAGGAGCUGGAAUACUUGGGACACUAUGUGACGCCGCAAGGCAUCCGUCCGCUUGCGGACAAGAUCGAGGCCCUACGAGGAUGGCCCGAGCCCACCAACACCUCGGACGUUCGUUCGUUCGUUCAUGGGAUUGGCGGGCUACUAUCAUCGAUUCAUCACCGGAUACUCCAGGAUUGCUGCACCUAUGACGAGGUUACAGUCGCCAAGGUGCCAUUCGUAUUCGAUGAUGCCGCACGCCGGUCAUUCCAAGCACUUAAGACGGCUAUGCUCAUGGCACCCGUCCUUAGCAUCUAUGAACCCACCCUGCCGACGCGAGUGACUACGGACGCUUCCGGCUAUGGCAUUGGGGCAGUCCUGGAACAUUACGACGGCGAUGACUGGCACCCUGUGGAGUAUUUCAGCCACAAAGUGCCUCCCAUCAACUCGCUUGAUGAUGCAAGGAAGAAGGAGCUGCUCGCAUUCAUCAUGGCUCUCAAGCGAUGGCGGCACUUCCUCCUUGGGCGUCGUAGGUUCACAUGGGUCACGGACAACAAUCCAUUGACUUACUACAAGACGCAGGAUACGGUGAGCAGCACGAUCGGACGAUGGAUGUUCUUCAUCGACCAAUUUGACUUCACACCGAAACAUCUGCCCGGCCUCUCAAAUSGCGCAGCAGAUGCACUCUCGCGAAGACCCGAUCUUUGCGCUAUGACACAUCAUGCCUUCACAUUCGACGAGGAGCUUCAGCGACACUUCAUCCGGGCAUAUCAGUCUGAUCACGCUCUAUGCACAACUAUCUUUGGAUCACCCGCCGGCCAGCCAUUACCGCAUUGUCGACAGGUACUUGCUCCUCCACUCGAGAGGCAAGGACUUACUAUAUGUCCCACGCGACCGUCGUUUUCGGACUCGCCUUCUUGGCGAGUAUCAUGAUUCACGAGUACGGCAGCAAGCCCUGGCAGUACAAAGUCACAUUCAAAGCAUGCGAUCCCGUCGACACUCGGUGAAUUUCACGAGCAGAUUUGAAAG